UUGGGCUUUUGUUUUCAUCUCGCACGUGAGUACCAACAUCUUCGUCGAUCGCUCCUGCUACCAAGGCAGUCAACGACCAAGAUAACGACUAUUACCAAAAAGCAACAUCACCACCAAGUAGACCGCGAUUUCCUUCAACACAAAGACCAUAAAAAUCACCAUCAAGUUUACUACUUCUACUCUGUCACAAUCAACUCUACUUACCAACACUACUCUACCAAAACUCUACCAAAAUGCUUUCUCGAUCUCGUUCUCUGUUCGCGUCGUCGAAGGUGUACUUCGAUGUUUCCAUUGGCGGCAACAAGGCAGGUCGAAUCCUGUUCGAACUCUUCAACGAUACUUACGGCUCAAAAACUUCAUUUGUCACCACUGAGUGAGAGUGGGGCGGGGUCAGACCAUUUCAUUCGUCACUACUGUGGUCACUAUUGAGUGACAGUGGGGGGUCAUGGACCCAUCACCACUUUUUCAGUACGCUUGCAUUGGGUGGGGACACCACUGAGAGUGGGGGGUCACGGACCCACUUUUACUGAGAGUCGAGGUGGGCUCACUGCUAGUAGUUGGGGUCACUGACAUGGUAGAAGAGAACGCGUGCUGGCAGAACAGGGAAAAGCAAGGGUCGAGGUGAGAGCUCCUGCGUAGGGAGUCUCUCUUGUCGCCUCCUGUAGUCUUUCUUGUCGCCCGUCAGAAUGGAAUCAGUCUCUAAGAUACAGUUCCAAAAACAGCAGAAAAUUUUCGCGCACUCUGCACCGGGACCAAGGUUAUGCUACUUCAAAUCUGAUAUUAUUAUUGUAGCAUGGAGCAGCUUCUUAGCACACCAGCUGCUGAAAAUACGAGCUCAGCUUCAGUAGAGCAGCCCAGCUUUGUCCAGUUCGCGACACUAGUUUUCCACAACAGCUACUUGUUGAACUUUAUAAUUGAAAAUAUCCGGUGCAAAAUUCUUAUUUAUAGUACAUGGAAGCUGCUUAGCCUAGUCCGCUUUGUUGAGAAUCUACUGUAGACUGUCUUUAGACUCAUCUUCUAGCUCACGAUCACGAAUAAUUCAAAUUUGAAUUGGUAGAACUAGAAGUACAACACCUGCUCCUACUCCUACACUACUUCUUCUUCUAAUGGUAGUAUGGGUCGUAGCGGAGUGCCAUUGCACUACAAGGGGUCCGCGUUUCAUCGUGUGAUUCCAAGAUUCAUGCUGCAAGGAGGUGACUUCACUUAAGGCCUUUUUUUUUAGGAAUGUUGUAAAAAAAAUAUCUAUAUGUGCUGCAGCUGUUCUACCAUCAGGAGCAUGCGAAGUUUAGGAAAAUAAGAACCCAGUCUUUACUGUGUACUUGUAUCUAUCCCUCAAUCUUGGAUUGAGGGAUAGAUACAAGUAGUAGAUGACUACUGGUCUUGCUAAUUUGCCACCGGAGACGGUCGAGGUGGAGAGUCCAUCUACGGACGAACCUUCCCGGAUGAAAACUUUAUGCUUUAUAAACGAAUGAAUGUUGAGUGUCAAUAAAUGCUCCCCAUAGGAGGUACCACGUAACUGAGUGGCCCCAUACAAACACUUGCAUUGCUUGGUUAAACGAGGCGCCAUGACGUGGCAGCGUGCUAUUGUGCUUGUAGCUGGUCACGUUUUGUACUUGUUCUAGGUCGUCGUGGAGGAGGAUAUUGUAUGGUGCACGUCUAUAAUCAUGAUCAUCAUACAACGUCGAAACAAUCAUCAUGCAACGAGUCGUGCAUGGUUGAGGAGGUAUUCAUCUAUAUGUAGUGUGUCGUUUUAUGCCAUCAUGAUGCUGCAUUUUUACGCACGAAAUGAGAAUCAGAGCACAAAGAGUCACUCUCUAGUACUCCAAGAAUAUUCCUUCACAUUUCUCGUGUGCAUACGCCUAUUUCUCCUCUUCAUAUUCGUCGCGCACAAGCACAACGUUCCCGGGCUGCUGAGCAUGGCGAAUGCAGGACCUAACACGAACGGGUCUCAAUUUAUGCUUGACGACUAGUCUUCCAAAUUUACUAGUAGUAGAAGAGGUCGUAUUGAAGUGGUUUUGAGUUCACGUUGUUACCUCAAGUAGGUUAUACUGCAUUAAAGAUAAAAAAGGCUCCUCUUUUUACAACUCAACAUAAUUGUCAUUUUCUUUCAGUGAGUCGUUUAAAAACAGAACUGGUUUUAUUUGGUGAUAUCAUGAGGACGAGGAGGGUGAUCGUCUAAUGCUUUCUUUAUUACGACAGUCCCGACGCCGCAUCUAGAUGGGAAGCACACCGUUUUCGGUCGAGUAAUUGAAGGCAUGAACAUUUAAGGAAAAACACUGCAACCAAAUUGAAUACAGCAGUUAAGAAGGAUUAGUAGGUCAUUUAAUCCACUAUCGUCUAAGACUCCCAUCAUUUUUAUGCCCCACGAUUGUGCACAUUUUUGGGGACACAACUACUGCUACUAGGGCAUGAAGUAGACUACCUAGAAGUUCCAGCACUACUUGAUGGCACAGCUGCUAAGACUAAGAAAAGAGCGCAUCUCACUCAUUAAUGCAGGGUUGGCGAAUUUAAAACAACCUACAAUCUAGUACACCCAUCAUCGUACACUUGAGACUAACUUUAUCAUAGCAGUCUAUGAAAUUUCGUUUUCGGAUCUCUGUACACUGAUGAGGUAUUAAUAGUAGUGAUAGUCCCGGUAAAAAAUAAAUAGAGAAGUACUACUAGGCUGUCAACAUGUUAAUUUUGUUGAAACUCUAAGCUAUCGUUUCGACGAUUGAGCGUUGUGGAAGCCAAAGCGGACGCACAAGUCAAAAGGUGGUCAUCGACGAUUGUGGCGAAGUUGCUGCCGAAUAG